GCAUUUUUGUAUCUUUCAUUACAAGCUAAAUUUUCACCAGCUUGAGUUUAUCAUUUUCACGAAGACUGAAAAUAUAAGUAAACAUGGAAUUGAAGCAGAAGCUGAUUAUUACACUGGAUAUUAUAAUUUACAUCAUAAUAUUGAUAGCAUGGAGAUUUGUGGACUCGACUGUGCCUAAGAUUCAAAGAGGAUUCUUUUGUGGCAAUCCAUCACUUUCGUUGCCCUAUAAGAAGUCAACUAUUAGGGGUAUAUGGUUGCAUAUCAAUUUUUAUGGUGUGCCAUUACUGAUAUGUGUUGUUGAAUGUCUUUUAAACCCUCGUCGAAACUUAAGAAAAUCCUUGAUUCGUUCUUCUACAUGGUUUAAACAUUACUUCUUCACAUUUAUAUCGUUGAUGAUUUUGAUGUCAACAAUCAAAAAUUUAUCAGGAGUUCAUCGCCCUUUUUUCUUUGACAUAUGUAAGCCAGACUUAGCAGUAAAUUGCACAACAGGAGCUUAUGUAAGCUCAGAUUUCAAAUGUACUAAUUCAGCAGCAAACGCUUAUUUGCUUUCUGAAAGCACUAGAAGUUUUCCAAGCGGACAUGUUGUGUCAGUGGUUUAUGCUUGCGCUUGUUUCAUGUGGUACCUUCAAAGAAAAUUCUUAAAGUUCUCAACAGUUCUUACAUUCAUACAUCUUGUUAUGUUGUUGUGGAUAGCAGUCUGUAGCAUAACUAGAGUAACAGAUAACUGGCAUCAUGUGACUGAUAUUACCACUGGUAUUAUUUUACCAUUGCCAUUUUGUCGAGUACUUUGUAAAGACUUCAAAGAUGAGGCUGGUUUGUGUAUCAAACUUCAAUCGUCUGACAACGAAAUCUUCGAAACAGAUAUUUCGGUUGCCAAAUGCAGCGGAACAAUUCGAACAAUGCUGGAGGAUUUAGGCAUUGACGAAGCAAAUUCGGAGGAUGAAGUUGUACCAUUGCCAAAUGUUAAUUCGGCCAUUUUGCGGAAGGUUAUUCAGUUCUGUACAUACCAUAAGGAUGACCCAGUACCAUCGAGUACUGAUGAUGAUGAGAAUAAAGAAAAGCGAACUGAUGACAUUACCUCUUGGGACGCCGAUUUCUUAAAAGUGGAUCAAGGCACACUCUUUGAAUUAAUUCUCGCUGCAAAUUACUUGGACAUCCGUAGCUUGUUAGAUGUCACAUGCAAAACUGUUGCUAAUAUGAUCAAAGGCAAAACUCCCGAUGAAAUCCGUAAAACAUUUAACAUCAAAAAUGACUUCACUCCUGCUGAAGAGGAGCAAGUACGAAAAGAAAACACUUGGUGCGAGGAAAAGUAAAUCAAAAUGUGAUCAACGGCAAGAUUUUUUAAGAAAAUUCUCGCUUUCGAUAUGUUUUUAACUUCAAAAUCUAAUCAAGUUAAUCAAAGCUAUGAGUGUCCUCAAAUUUGCACCAUUUUCAAAGUAAAGAGAAGAAAUGUCAGGUUUAGUUUCUUCUAUUUUAAUAAUCAUCAUUUUUUUCCCUUUUAAAUUCAUUUGAGCUUUGAUGCCUAUAAUUUACUUCCUUGUUAAUCUUCCCUUCAAUGAUAUAAUAAAACUAGACUGUAAGCAAUAAAAAAACAA